AUGGCAUUCUCCAUGGAAGCGGCAGCGGGAGCUCCGGUUGAGCUGGGCCUCUCCCUGCUCCUGUUCGCACUGAACUGCAUACUUUCCUCAUCAGAUGUCGUUUCUGUGAUAGGCUGGCUGUCUACGAACUAUCUCACAAAGGCUGCUCCUACCGUGCAGUCAGAAGCUCCGUCGAAGCCUCGUGUCGAAGAAGCGAUGCAGAGGCUGACUGAAGAAAAUUUCCUCAUUGCCAGCCACUUUCUACAGCAUGCGAUGCUCCUGGCCGUGGUCAUGUACGUGGGCAUGGGCUCGCCCGCAUUUGCAGGACUUUGCUUCUUGUUCUAUGCAACUUUCUUGCUCAUUGCAAAGGGCUAUGUCAGAAUGACAGCAUACAGGGUCAAGAUCUACUUGAUCGUGAACUACAUCACCUUCAUUCCCGUGAUGUUUGCCGGCGACCUUUUCGCUGCCGUCGGGCGCAAGGAGGUGCUCGAUCAGAUCACGUCUGCCUAUCGCUUUGUGCUGGUCGUGCUCUGCGUGGACAGCAACUUGCACAUUCCUUCUCAAGUCGCCGUGUCGCUCGCUCAGGUGGCUUUCUACGUUUGGAACCGUGGUUGGGAUGAGCCCGCCGUGCCCUUUGUGUUUGGCCAAGCCUUCACUGCUGCCAUGACGAGCACGCUGAGCUUCGUGUUGGAGUAUUAUCUUCGACAACGCCUUGAAGCCCAAUUCAAAUCUGCAGAUGCUGAGUCCAUCACAUCAGGAUUUCGGCAGAUGCUUCGGGGAGUCUGCGACGGCGAGGUCCUGCUGAAUGGCAGCUUGGAGAUUAGUGGGAGCAGCCGGCGCUUGAGCCGCUUGAUCUCUACAAAGGAGGAGCUGGAAGGACGAAGCUUCCAGAGAUUGCUCCUGCAGGAAGAGGACGAGCAGAAACGAUUCAGCGAAUUUAUUUCCAGGCCUUCCGGGUCAUCCGAAGACAUGCCAGCUUGUCUGCGAGUGUCUUUGUGCAGCGCAGCAGCCACCAGGGUCGGUGUCGAUGUGUACCAUGUUGCUCUGCCAUGCCUGUAUGGAUCGGAAGAGGUCUACCACUUGCUGGCAUUGAAGGAAGAUGAGCCCCAGCCAAUCCCGGAAGCCAUCCGGGAUACCCCGCGGCCUCUGCUUCCGACAGUGUCCAUUCCUUCUGCCAAAAGGUCAGCCAGCGUCCCUGGCGAGGUGUCGCGGGCACCCCGCCACCGCCGCUUAUCAAUGUUUGACAGCGAUAUCCCGGCUUUGCCACUGAGCUGCUUGCCGCAGCUUUCGGACAUCGUGAUGCUGCUAGACGCUUCAUCUCCACAGAAGGACAUCAAGCAGCUGCACAUGAACUACAGCCGUUCCAAGGGUGGUCGGUCCUCUGCGGAUGGCAUGCCGAGCUUGAGAAAGCUCAUCCGGCCGACUGAUUGGGAAUCGGUCCACGCCAGCGUCACUUCAUACGCAGCGAAGUCUGGUCGGCCAUCCGUCUCCGAGAAGCAUCUUGGGCCUGUGUGCUUUCGUAGGCCUGAUGGUCCUCACAAGUUCAUGGUGGCAAAGCAAGCGAGGCUCUACUUCUCGCCGAACAAGGAGGGAGUUUCCUCAAGGAUGUGGCUCUCUUUAUCGGGCUUCGCAUUGUUGGAAAAGCGCACCGAGGCAAGCAUAUCUGAACUGCAAAGCAUCGGGGAGCAAAGUGAGCCGGAUUCUUAG